ACAAAUACGGGAGAACGUAUACCUCGCAGCAUAUGAGUGCGCCGUUGCUCAUCGGUUGCUCAUUUCGUUGCAGGUUACGCGGCGGUCCAAUUUCUUUCGAAGAAUCGGGAGAUGCAUCGCGUUCGAUAAUAACGAUUGACAGUGGUGAGUGAUCCUCGCCGCUGCAUAACGUCACUUCGAAAUUGUAUUUUCACACUUGAUUACGAGCAGUGAGAAAAGGUUCAGUGAGUGAAGUUCUGGACGCUGAACUUUUUCUGUGUAAAAAUGCAAGUGACUAAGGUAUCUCUGUUGUUGCUGCUUGCUGGAAGCUGCGCGCUCGCCAAUCCUGAGCCCUCGGAAGAGCUGUUCAGCCGUUUGCAACCGAGGACCCGUAAAGAGGACAAGUGUUACGAUGAGAACGGCAAGCCUCAGAGAUGUAUACCACCGUUCGAGAACGCGGCGUUCAACGUGCCGAUGGAGGCAACUAACACAUGUGGCGACGAUCAUCCAACGGAGUUUUGCAAGCAAACGGGCGUGCAAAAAAAGUCGUGCGAGAUGUGUCAACGGGGUGAUCACUCAGCCACCUAUCUCACCGAUCAUGAUAACAAUGACAACGCCACAUGGUGGCAGUCCAGCACCAUGUAUGAAGGCAUUGAAUAUCCCAAUCAGGUUAAUCUUACCUUGCAUUUGGGUAAGACAUUCGAUAUAACGUAUGUAAGAGUACUGUUCGAAUCCCCACGACCAGAGAGUUGGGGAAUUUACAAACGGAAGAAUGAGAAGUCGACGUGGGAACCGUAUCAGUUCUAUUCGGCCACGUGCAGAGACACAUACGAAUUACCCGAAUCGAAAGAAACCGUGCGCGGUGACGAUACCCGCGUAUUAUGUACAUCGGAUUUCUCUGACAUCUCACCUCUUACCAAGGGUACCGUCGCCUUUUCUACCUUGGAGGGUCGGCCUUCCGCCUAUUAUUUCGAUACCAAUCCUGAACUUCAGGAAUGGGUACAAGCGACAGAUUUGAGAAUCACUUUGGAUAGAUUGAACACGUUUGGCGAUGAAGUUUUUGGUGACUCGCACGUAUUGAAAUCUUACUAUUACGCUAUCGCCGAUGUGGCAGUUGGCGCAAGAUGCGCCUGCAAUGGUCACGCCGGGGAAUGUGUCAACAGUACUAGUGUGGACGGUAGAACUCGUCGAGUGUGCCGGUGCGAGCACAAUACCGCCGGUCCAGAUUGCAAUGAGUGUCUACCCUUUUAUAACGAUGCGCCAUGGGGUCGAGCUACUACCACGGAUGCACACGAAUGUAAACCUUGCAAUUGCAAUGACUACUCGGACAGGUGUUAUUUUGAUAAAGAACUGUACAAGUUGACGGGUCAUGGGGGUCAUUGCUUGGAUUGUCAAGCGAAUCGUGAUGGCGCUAAUUGCGAACGGUGUCGUGAAAAUUAUUACCAACGACCUGAAGAUAAUUACUGUAUCGCCUGCAACUGCAACGAGAUCGGUUCGAGAAGUCUGCAAUGUAAUAGCGAAGGCAAGUGCCAGUGUAAACCAGGUGUGACAGGAGAUAAAUGUGAUCGUUGCGCACCUAAUUUCUACAAUUUUGGUUCAUCGGGUUGUACCUCGUGUGAGUGCAGUCUCGCAGGAUCGGAGGGAAACAGUCCUAGUUGUGAUUCGGUCACAGGAGUCUGUGUUUGUAAAGAAAACGUCGAAGGAAAACGCUGCAGAGAAUGUCGUCCAGGCUUCUUCAACUUAGCAGUAGAGAAUGAAUUCGGCUGUACGCCGUGCUUCUGCUAUGGUCAUUCUGCUGUUUGUCGAUCAGCCACCGGCUACUCCAAGCUCGUCAUCGAGAGUAUGUUUGUCAGAGGAAACGAACGCUGGUCCGCUAUGGUGGUCGGCAAUCAGAUCCCGGUACACUACGAUGCACUAACGCAAACCAUUUCUGUAACCGCAUUGAGCCGUGACAACGUUUACUUCCUCGCUCCCGAUAGAUUCCUAGGGGAUCAACGAGCGUCAUACAAUCAAGAUCUGUCCUUUUCAUUGAGGAUAGGAGAAACCGGCCCAGCAGUCACGGCGCGAGACGUGAUUCUCGAAGGUGCAAACGGUGGACAAAUCACACAGGCCAUCUUUGGACAGAAUAAUCGACCACCAACCAUCAAACGUCAGGAAUUUCAAUUUAAAUUGCACGAACAUUCGAGCUAUGGCUGGCAACCUCAACUUUCUUCUCGAGCCUUUAUGUCAAUCUUGUCAAACCUGACGGCUAUUAAAAUCCGCGGCACAUACACUAAUCAAGGUCGAGGCUUUUUUGACGACGUGAAAUUAGAAACAGCGCAUCGUGGUGCCGCUGGUGAACCUGCUGAUUGGGUGGAACAUUGUCAGUGUCCUCACGGUUACGUCGGUCAAUUCUGCGAGUCCUGCGCGCCAGGAUUUCAUCACGAUCCGCCUAACGGUGGCCCGUUCGCUCUUUGCGUAUCCUGUAAUUGCAAUGGUCACGCUGAUAUCUGUGAAGCUGAGACAGGACAGUGUAUCUGUCAGCACAAUACGGCCGGUGACAAUUGUGAGCUAUGCGCCCGCGGCUUUUAUGGACAUCCGUUAAGAGGAACGCCCGACGAUUGCCAAUCGUGCCCUUGCCCUGAUAACGGACCUUGCAUUCUUCUAGGAAGCAAUCCCGAUCCCAUCUGCUCUGAAUGCCCUAUCGGCAGAACCGGACCUAGAUGCGAAACGUGUUCAGACGGUUACUUUGGAAAUCCUGAGGAAGGCUUAGCUUGUCGUCUUUGCGAUUGCAAUAACAAUAUUGACUUAAACGCUGUGAGAAAUUGUAAUCACGAGACUGGAGAGUGUCUCAAGUGCGUUAACAACACGGCAGGGUUUCAUUGCGACGAAUGUCUACCUGGAUAUUACGGGGAUGCAUUAUCGGAUCGUAAAGAGGACGGGUGUAAGUUAUGUCAGUGUUAUCCACCGGGCACAUUGGAAUUGGACGAUGGUAGAGUUAUGCCAUGUGACCAAUUGACAGGACACUGUGCGUGUAAGCCGCAUGUAAUCGGUCGGAAUUGUGACCGAUGCGAAGAGGGCUAUUAUCAUAUUAUGAGUGGCGAAGGCUGCACGCCCUGCAACUGUGACUUCGAGGGUUCAUACAAUCGAACUUGUGACCCUAUCACCGGUCAAUGUCAGUGUAGAGUAGGUGUCACUGGACAACAUUGUGAUACAUGCGAGCCAUAUCAGUACGGAUUCAGCCGAGAAGGCUGCAAGCCUUGUGAUUGCGAUAGCAUUGGCUCUCAGGAUUUGCAAUGCGACGCCAGCGGACAGUGUCCUUGUCUGGCGAACGUAGAAGGUAGACGCUGCGAUCGUUGUAAAGAGAAUAAGCACAACCGCCAAAAUGGAUGCGUGGAAUGUCCAGAUUGUUAUAAUCUUGUGCAAUCGGCCGUCAACGAUCAUAGGAGACAUUUGGCCGAAUUGGAGAACACCCUGAAGAAAAUUAACAGCAGUCCUACUGUCAUCAAUGAUUCGGACUUCGAAAAGGAACUCAAGAACGUUCAAGAUAGAGUCAGAGCAUUAUUGAAUGUUGCCAUACAAGGAUCCGGCAGUGAGAAUAAAACGCUAGUAGAGCAGCUGGACGAGUUACGUGAGCAGCUCAACGCAAUCGACAAAAUCUACCAGACAGUGAAUGUAACAGCGAAUGAUGCACGCGACAUUAUCAAGGAAGGCCUCAUAAAUAUUGACGAAGCUGAAAAAGUGCUAGAUAAGACAUACGAGCAAUUGACGGAAGCAGAGGAUUACUUGGCUACGGACGGAGCAAGCGCUCUCCAAGACGCGAAAUUGCGCGCGAAACAGGUCGGUCAGGAAAACCAGCAGAUGACAGAAAUCGCACAGGAAGCCCGUUUGCUCGCAGAUGUAAACACCAAUGAAGCUAAGAAGCUUUACAUGUUGGCUGAACAAGCUCGAAAUACUACAUUGGAAGCGUACAAUCUCGCGAAGCAUGCGAUAUCUAAGUAUUCCAAUAUUACUGACGAAAUAAGAGGAUUGGAAAAUAAGUUAGCACAAUUGGAGGAUCGUAUGGACGAAGUAAGAAAUCUCAUUGCUAUCGCGGCCAACAAGUCUUCAAUUGUUUCUCAAGAAGCCAUAGAUUUAUUAAUUCUCGAUCUAACUCUCCCGCUUGUCGAUAUCGAGCAACUGCGGCAGCAAGUAGAAAACGUCAACAAUGAGGGUGUAAAGAUCAAAGAACAAGCGCAACUUUUGUUAGAAGAAAACGAAAAUCUUAUAAACGAAAUGAUCGAGAAAGUGAGGAAAAGUCAAGAGCUCCUGGAACGAGCUCAAGAUCAACAAGCGGCGACAGCCGAGCUACUGGCCGAAUUAGAUCAAGCCAACGCAACAGCGAACGACGCCGUUAAUCGUGGCGACCAAACACUGAAAGAAGCUCAGGAAACUCUGAAAAAAUUAGGAGAAUUCGACGCCGAGGUGCAACGCGAGCGUGUGAAGGCGCAGAAUACUUUAAAGGAUAUACAAAGCAUCAAAGAAUUGAUCGACAUCGCUAGCGUGCAGGCGGAAGAAGUAGAGAGAGCGCUAAACGGGUCGGAAGACAAUGCAAAGAAUGCGCAUGAAAUAGCACAAAAUGCUCAGAUUUAUGCGGACAAAGCAAGCAUAAACGCGAAUGACAUCAGAAUGGAAGCAAAUAAAACGAAGAUUGAAGCUCUGCGACUUGGUAAUGAGGCUGAAAAGCUCCAUCAGAGGGUAGAUAUCACAGACACAAUGAUGAGGCAGUAUGAGAUCCAAGUGGUUAAGGACUCAAACGUCGCCACGGAGGCAAACCACAAAGUUGGUCAGGCGAAAAUAAAUGUAACUCAAGCCAUGCAUCAAGUCGAUAAGGCCUUAUUCGAAGUAGCUGAGAUUAUCAAAGAGCUAGAAAAUCUACCUGAAAUCGACGAUGCCGAUCUAAAUCGAUUGGAGGAGCGGCUAGCGGCUGCUGAGAAAGAGAUUAAAGCAGCCAAUUUGGACCAGCGAAUUCGCGCUUUAACGGAUGCUAAGAAUCUGCAAACACAGUGGGUAAAAAACUUUGAAAGCGAGGUCAAUAGAUUACGAAUUGAAGUGGAAAAUAUCGACGACAUCCGCAAAGUUCUGCCGGUUGAUUGUUAUCAGCGAGUUCGCCUCGAGCCCUGAAGUGCCUUUCUUUUUUUUAUAAUUGCAUCAUUUUAUACCAAAGAUUUUUUUAUAAUAUAUACACAGGGGUUUGUCGUCACUUUUUAUCCACUAUCGUUCAGCAUUUAUAUUUGUUAUAACUAUUACUAAUUUCGAUACCUGUAUAAAUAUGUAUAUAGUGUCUGUAUACAUCUGUAACAAGUCACUGCCAUAUUAUUGCAUUUAAAACAAUCUAAAAUCUAAGAAUUUCAAGAAACAAUCAUGUAAAUGUAGAAUAUUAUUCUUCAGCAUUUUCAAAAUGAAAUAUUUUUAAAUAAUAAGACAAUUAAUCGAUUUUUAUAACAAUAUUAUAGAAAUCUAUUUUGUAAAAAUAUAUAACGAAAUUUUUUUACAUAAUCUUAGAAAUUUCUGAGUAUACACUAUCUGGCAUGAUAGCCUUAAUUUACUAAGUCUAGUUUUCUCCAAAUAAAUUUCUUGAUUAUGCACAAUGUAUAUAUAUAUAUUCGUGUAUUAUGACUGCUAGUUUUUCCGACGGAGUCACUUCCUCGAAAUAAUUAACAAUUAUGAUGCACGAAUAUGUAUACAUAUAGCGCGUAAAUUUGUUUAAGUGGAGAAGUAGAAUGUUAGUAAACUAAAUAUUAAAUAUUAUGACUAAAUAUUAAGACUAUUAUGUCGAGUUGUAUACAAUUGAGUUAAUAUUAAGAAUAACGUCCAUCUCCUUGACAUAUUUUGAUAUAAAAUUAUCAAAUAUUGCAGUACUACCAAAUUAUACAAAUUGUUAAAAUUAGUCGAAUAAUUUAAAUUACUCAAAUUUAUGUUUCUCAAAAUGUACUUAAUCAUUGUUUAAAAGCGAUUGAAGUAAUAGUGAAACAUAUUUUUUUUAUCAACAUUUGUUGAAAACAGAAUAUAUAUUUACAACUUAGGACUGUAUUCCCACACAGUAGAAAUGUCCUGAAUAUAUCAUAGGGAUAUUCUACAGAUAUUGAGAUAUCUUUAUAAUAUUCUUAUGAUGUAUUCGAGACAUUUCUCCUGUGUGGGUUAUAUAAUAUUUUAGAGAAUCUCAUUACGCAUACAAUCAAGAUUAUAUUUCACGUGGCAGUAUGCUCACAAUAUUUUAUUAUAAGAAGAUGAAGAAAGCAUGUUUAUAUAAGUUUAACAUUAUAUGUACAGAUUCUACUGCUUUGAGAUAAUAAAUAUUUUAAAAGUGGUAACAAUUA